ACCGCACCGCACCGCACCGCACCGUGCGCGCACGCAUCGGCCCAGAGUAGCGCACACACCGCCGCCGGGCGCAUCCACGCGACACUGACCCACCCUCCUUACACCCCGGUUUAAAUACCGAUAAACUGUACCAAAUUCAAACUCUUUAUCACUCAUAAUAUUAGUUGCCAGUAUUGUGUUAGUGACAAGUGCAGUGACAUCCACAGUGAUUUCAUCAGUAUCUAAAAAAACUAUGAUCACCAAAACAACGGCUUCAUUUAAAUCGUUCUAGAGAUUAACAUCAUGGUGUCUAAGGAACCUUUAAAAACUAAGAUGCCUGAACAAAUGGAUAAUCAGUUCAACUUGGAGGGUCUGCUCAGUGAACUGGGCAGUUUCGGCAAGUACCAGCUUCUACUGCUAUUUCUGCUCGCCUUCCGGGAUUCAUUCCUCGCGAUGUGCAACUACAACUACGUAUUUACAGCUGCUGAAGUUGACUACAGGUGCUACGUCCCCGAAUGUGAAUCAUCAGAUGUACGAUUCAACGUUUCCUUCGCGCAAUUCGCUCUUGCAAACCACAGUGACAUUUGCCACAGAGUAGCUCCAAGAAUCAACGACAGCAAUCUCUCCAACUCUGAUGAUGAGUGUGCCCCUGAGGGUUUCAUCGCGGGAGAGACAGUGCCGUGCGACCGCAUCAUAUAUCAAGACUACAACAGUAUUUUUGACCUGGGCUGUCAACCAUGGAAGCGGACAUUGAUCGGUACCGUUCACAACCUCGGGUUGGUGUUCUCAUUCCUCCUCUCUGGAUUUAUAUCAGACAGAUACGGCCGCAAAAUAAUAAUAGUGGCAACACCACUAGUGGUGGGUAUAGUCGGUUUGGUGAAGUCCUUUUCCGUGAACUAUUGGAUGCUACUGGUACUGGAGUUUCUGGAAACGGCUCUGGGAUAUGGAAACGCCUCCAUGGUGCUGUCUCUCGAGAUGGUUACUCAAAAACGCCGAGUGAUAUUCUCCUGCGUAUCUGACAUUCUAUCAAAUUUCGGAUUCGCGUUCUUCGGCUUGAUAGCUUGGAAGAUUCCGUACUGGAGACAUAUGAUGUGGGUUAUCUAUGCUCCAUUACUCGUCGUAGUCUUCUACAUCUUUUUAGUCGAUGAAGGAGUACGCUGGUUGCUGGCUCAUAAUAAAAAAGAUGAAGCUGUCAGAGUGCUAAACAAAGUUGCAAAAAUUAAUAACAUCACACUUUCAAAGAAAGCUAAUGAAAUGCUCACUAAUAUCACUGAAGAAGCGAGAAAAACCGAACGACUUGGACAAAACGUGCCGCAGUCGACACAUAUCGGCCUGCUGGUCGUUUUACGCUCUAAAAAGAUCCUGCUCCGCGUUUUCCUGAUCGCCGCCAUCUUCUUCUGCUGUAUCUUUGUGUACAACGGUUGUAUGAUCAACUCGACCAGUAUCGUUGGGAACAAGUAUCUGAACUUCUCCUCGCUUGUUCUCGUCACCAUCCCUACGAGAAUCAUCACUGCCAUCACUCUCACCAAGUUUGGGAGGAAAGCACCUAUUUGUGUUGCUUACAUUUUGUGUUGUGUAUUCUUCAUAGCCUCAGCUUAUGUACCGAAGUCAAUUUGGUGGGCGUCCGUCGUGUUCUAUUUGUUGGGCAAGAUGUGCAGCAGCUAUGGCAUGUUCUCCAUGACGGUGGUGGCGCUGGAGGUGUUCCCCACCACUUCCAGGAACUCGCUCACCAACACCGCCAACACCAUAGGGAGGCUGGGGGCCGUCCUGGCCCCGCAGACACCGCUCCUGGAAAAAUAUAUGGCAGGUUUGCCGAGCAUAGUAUUCGGGUUGGUAGCAUUGGGCCCAGUAAUGUUAUCUCUAUUGUUGCCCGAUACCAGUCACUCCUCGCUACCAGAUCAUAUACAAGACGCCGAACGCAUUGGUGAUACGAAUGAUACAAUACACAAAGCAGACGACGCAGAGGAUAGAUCGCCGGCCAGUUAACGAAGCAAAUUAGAACAUCUCUAGGUAAUAAUGAAGAACUACUAGUAUUGGAAUGUUCUUACGGAGUCCAUAGUUAAAGCCAAGAAAUUACAUUAGCGUAACAAUACAUAGGUCAGAAAAUGUGGAGAACACGUUGUGUAAUGAUUAACGUAAUAUUUGACGCCUAAGACCAUUUGGUUAAUGUAUUAUGUAUAAAUAUUUUUAAUAAUUUUCUCAUGGAGUAUAUAAUUGACAUAAUAGCUAUGAAAAAAUUUAAGAAGAGAGACCACGAAGUGGUUUAAGAAUUAUUUGACUACAACUGUCUCCAACUGUGGUAAUGAGGGAAAAAAUAUGUGUAUUUGAAGUGUUUUAUGGAGAUUUAAGUUAAAGCUUAUCAAUAACUAAUAUAAGUCUGUAAUCGGAAAAUUAUUAUACACACAGUACAGUCAACAACAUGUCAGCUUAUAUAAAACUGAUAAAAAUAUUCAAUCAUUUUCAGAUCCUAAUAUCUGAUAAUGACAAUUAAAUUAAAAAAUAUUUGCGGAGAUUUGCCUUUUUACGGCAAACUGUAGUACUAUCAGAAUAUUAUAGAUUCGAUCCAAUAAAAACUUCUUCAAGAUAAAAUUAAGGUAUUAUGUAAAUUUUAAAGAAUACCAAAGCUGAUAUGCUGCUAUGUGUUUACAGAUAAAUACGUACUAGUAGAUAUUAUUUUGAAAAUGUUAAGAUAAUGUUAAAUUAGCUUAUCUUGAAAACGGAAAAUAUUAUUGCCUUGUAAUUUGUUAUCGAUUCAAAUAUCAGUAAAACUUAAUUUGUAUACAGAUACGCUGAAUUGAUAAGCCGCUGAUUUCAUAAAACACCGGCGCUAGGCUAAAACCGAAUUCAAGAUGCCAUUUAUGAUAGCACUGCAUAUAUAUGUAAACUAGCUUUUGCCCGUCACUUCGCCCGCGUGUUGUAGUUUUAAGUCCAGAAAUGAGAAAAUUCUAUAGAAACUUUUAUCCCCUAAUUACCCUCUUAGGGGUCAAAUUUCGUAAACCACGUCCUAAAAGGAACCCGCAUGUAGAAUUUGAAACUCCUAGCCCUUGUAGCAACGAAUUAUCAUACAAGCUUUCAUCUCCUAUUUAGCCCCUUUAGGAUGGAAUUUUCAAAAAUCCUCCCUUAGUGCUCCUCUGCACUCCCUAAGGAAUCUUCAUUCCAAAUUUAAAUUAUCUACGAACAAUAGUUUCGGCUGUACAAUGUCUGUCAGUCAGUCACUCAGUACGCAAGAAUUUUAUAUAUGUAUAUAGAAAUAGAUGAGUGGUAAUAUAUAUUUAUGGUUAAAUUGCACGAAAUUUUGAUAAAAUUGUAGAUAAUUUUAUACAACCAUUUAUUUAUAUUAACGACUUUUAUAUGACUACUGAAAGGCGAUUUAACGUUAAAUUUGUUAUCUUCAAGAUAUUUGGGCUUUCGACUCUGUUUGAAAUAAUAAUUUUAAGUAUUUAUUAUAAUUGUAAAAAAAAAAGAUUAAACAAAUACUUCGGAUGAAUAAACACUUUUUCUUGCUUUAAAAUUAAAUCAAAACUGAAUAUUUUUUAUACCCCCGAAAAUGCUGUCGUAGAUGAUGCACAAAGUAGAAAAUUUUAAAAAUAUCAAUAAGACAAAUAAAAAACAAGAAUAGUGUUAUCUAACAAUCGAUUACGGAAUAAUAUGAUAUAAAUAAGUUAAAAACAGCUCCAUCUAGGAAUUUGAUUUGUAAUUAAUAGACAUAUCUUUAUGACUGAUCUGACGACUGUCGCCACAGUGACGUCACAAUGUGGCCGAUCGUGUUUUAAAAAAAUCACGACUUUUAAUUUUAAGAAAAUAACAUAAUAGUGCGAUUAUUAGACUCAAAAUCAGAAUCUCUAUGUUUAUUACAAUAUACAUUUUAAUUUUUGUGCAAUUCCGCGAUCUAUUUUUCAUUACCGAAACUACCUUAUUUGCAAAAACUUUAUCAAAUAUUAUAAAGAUAAACGAUUUUAAAAUCUUUACCUCUAUUUUUAUGUGUAAUCUAUAUAUAUAAAAAUGAAUCGCAAAAUGUGUUGGUAAGCGCAUAACUCAACAACGCCUCGACCAAUUUGGCCAAAUCUUUU